UACUACUGAGCAUGCUCAGUGACCCUAAAUUCUUCCUCAGUAGCAGCGCGUCAGCGGAGGGGAGUUUUGCAACUCAGCGGCUGCUGAGAGUUUGCGGGGAGAGGAGCGAAGGGUCCCGUUUUCGCUUAGUUGAGGAACGCGGCGCUUGGCCGAGGGGGGCACCAGGGGCGCAUGGGGAAUGCCAGGCGGGCGGUAGCGGCAGGGCUCGUGCUGGGGGCUGGCGUGUGUUAUUGUGUUUACAGGCUGUACAGGAGUAGGAGGGCAGCAGGAGCCGCAGCCCGGCCAGCCCAAGACGGUGGUUUGCUGCCUCAGGUCUCCGGGCUUUCUGUCCUUCCCAGCCGUGCCUGGGGGGCACCUUCCAGCCUCCACCCAGACACGGAUCUUCCAAAAUCAUCCAGUAACCUGGAGGCCCAUCAUCUACAGAGACUUAUUCAUUUGCUUGAGUCCACAGAUGAUCCAUUAAUUCAAGAACAAGCCUUAGUCACUCUGAGCAACAGUGCUGCCUUCUCUGUAAAUCAAGAUAUAAUUCGAAAUUUGGAUGGCCUUUCUAUUAUUGGAAGGAUGCUGUCAGAUUCCAUUCCUAAAGUUAAAGAAAAAGCACUAAACACACUUAAUAACUUGAGUAUGAAUGUUAAAAAUCAAGAAGAGAUAAAGGUAUACAUUUUACAAGUCUGUAAGGAGAUUGAGUUAUCACCUUUAAAUUCUGAUCUGCAGCUAGCUGGACUUAGAUUAUUAACAAAUAUGUCUGUUACCAAUGACUACCACCAUAUGAUGACAAAUGCAAUUCCAUACUUUCUUCAUUUGCUCUCAGAAGGCAAUGAAAGGACACAGAUUCAAGUUCUGAAAGUACUCGUGAACUUAUCUGCAAACCCAGUCAUGACAAGACAUCUUCAUAGUGCUCAAGCACCAUCAUUGCUGUCACUUUUUGACAACGGCAUAAACAAAGAUAUUCUGCUUCGAGUCUUGACUUUUGCUGCAAAUUUGAAUGAGAAUAUGAAAAAUGAAGAGGGCAUCAUUACCCAAGAUCGAUACAGUGAAGAUUCAAUUUUUUUUCUGCUUUCUGGGCAUUCUACCCAAUAUGCUCAGAAACUGUUAGGUUUAUUGCAUCACCAGGAUAAAGAAGUGAAAGGACAAGCUGCCAAAAUAAUAACACUGCAAAGAGGAGAUAUUCAGAGCCCUAAUCCUCUGCUCUUAUUUUGCUGAGCAUCAUUACAUUACUGUCAGCAAGACAGCUUACAAUGCAUUUAAAACAAGGUUAGAGAUUUUUUCAGAGUAAUGUAAAACAAUGGUCUCUCACUUUGGGGUGUGGAAAUAUUUACACUUCAAACAAAAAGUAAGCCAUGAAACAAUGAACUAAACCUUUAAAAGAAUGAACAUUAAAGAGACCUGUUAAUGUUGCAAACAGCACACUCAUUUAUCAUGCAGGUGUGAACAUUCACUCUAGGCUGUAAUGUGUCAGAUUUACAGCAUUUAAUGUAACUUUAAAUAAAGGUUAGAUUACUUACA